CCUGCCCGGGCCCGGGGACCGAGCGGGGCGGGAGCCGCAGGAGGCGGCGCGCGGGCCUCGAACCCCACGGGCUCCCGCCGCCAGGUCCACGUGGACCCUGGGCCGCAGUGGAACUGCAGCCCGGCCCCCGCGCGUGGGGGAGGGGGCGCUACGGCUGGGUUCCCCUUUUUCUGGAGCUCAAAGCCUGGGGAAGUGAUUGCUCAAAGGUGGGGGCCGGAAGAACCCAGGUUUCCGCGUCUUCCUCCCCCCAUCUGCCUGCUGAGGAGGGGCCGGGGCGGGACACCCUGUCCGCCCCCGCCCCCACCUCGCCGGAUCUGGCCGCCACUCAGCCCCGCGAGCUGCAGGGAAGGUGCUGCGCCCCCGGCCCCAGCCCAUCGGGGGCUCCUGGCGCUAGCCUCCCUCCAGAGCGCGGCAGGAGUCCCUCCUGCCGUCUGACUCGAGUCCCUGCUGCUGCAGUGCACGCCCCUUCGGCAGCCAGGGUGGGGCCCACACCCAACCUGGCCCCUCCUGCCCCCACCCCGCCUUUGGGUCGCUGACCCCCAGGCUGUGGUGAGGGUCUGAGAGCUGGCACCACGGAGCCUGGGCAACCUCCUCUGCCCACCCAUGCCCACCCCGCAUGAGGCUGAGAAGCAGAACACAGGGCCAGAGGAGGCGGACCGGCCCCCUUCAAUGUCCAGCCAUGAUGCAGCCCCUCCAGCGGCCCCCAGCCGCAACCCUUGCUGCCUGUGCUGGUGCUGCUGCUGUAGCUGCUCCUGGAACGAAGAGCGGCGGCGUGCAUGGCAGGCCUCCCGGGAGAGCAAGCUGCAGCCCCUCCCCAGCUGUGAAGUGUGUGCCACACCAAGUCCUGAGGAGGUGCAGAGCUGGGCACAGUCCUUUGACAAGCUGAUGCACAGCCCAGCGGGACGCAGUGUGUUCCGGGCUUUCCUGCGGACGGAGUACAGCGAGGAGAACAUGCUCUUCUGGCUGGCCUGCGAGGAGCUGAAGGCCGAGGCCAACCAGCAUAUGGUGGACGAGAAGGCGCGGCUCAUCUACGAGGACUACGUGUCCAUCCUGUCCCCCAGGGAGGUGAGCCUGGACUCCCGCGUGCGGGAGGGCAUCAACAAGAAGAUGCAGGAGCCGUCGGCGCACACAUUCGACGACGCGCAGCUGCAGAUAUACACGCUCAUGCACCGGGACUCCUACCCACGCUUCCUCAGCUCUCCCGCCUACCGGGCCCUGCUACUGCAGGGACCCUCGCGGUCCUCCUCCGAGGCCUAGGCUGCCCGGCAGCGCAGACCCCGCCGCCUCCCCUGGCAGACGCCGGGUUGCUGUCAGGGCGCCCGCCCGCAGGCCCCAGCCCUGGAGGCCGUCCUAGACCCAGUGGGGAGGGCUGUGUCUUCUGGCUCUGCCCACCGUCCCGAGCAGGAACUCCAGGGGCAGGGCGGGUCAGAAGCCCCCUCAUCGCCCACAGCUGGCUGGCAUGGUGCUCCUGGCUGGGGGCUCUUGUGUGGUGAGAGCAGGGUCCCCCCAGGAGGCAUGCUGGACCCAUGAGCCUCGUUGGGGCCCCCUCCCAGGCAGCUGAUGGGCCCCAGACUAGCCUUUGGUGGAUAUAGAACCUCCGAGUUGUGUAGUUUGGUGACAUAAGGAGACCUCCUACUUGAGCUGUCUGUACCCCAGAACCAAACCCAGAACCUCAGAACCAGAUGUAGAACCUCAGAAUCCUGCACUCAAGGUGCCAGGACCCAAUUUCUGUUUUAUAUGUUCAUGAACUUUAAACCUGGAAACAUGUCCUUGAUACGUGUUUUAUCAAAAAAAAAAAGUUUUCAUAUUUAUCUCUAUUCCUAACCCCCCCAAAAUAGGAUGUCUUAUUAUUGAAAAUAUUUUUUAAAGCAAAA